CUGCCCGCUGCCCAAUGAGAGCGCAGGAUGCUGAGAGAGGCUGCUGGGCUUGAAUGGAGGCGACAAGAUGCCGUCCAGAGCGACAAAAGGAGACCAAUUGACAUCUAAAAAGAUCUGACUUUGACGUGACCUAACCCCACCUAUUCAGACAUGACAUAAGUCAUCCAUGUUUGGUUGAAAAAAGUCAGAGCAGUCUCAUUUGAGCACGCCCCUGUUAAAGGACCCUCUGGUGGCUACUCCUCUGAAUCACGGGACAUGUACGGCAGUGCCAGAGCUGUAGGUCAUGUAGAGAGCAGCCCUGUACGGUCCCCGCGCCUUCCAAGGUCCCCCAGACUGGGCCAUCGAAGGGCACAUAGUGGGAGCGGGGGUGGUGCGGGGGGCAAGACCCUCUCCAUGGAGAACAUCCAAUCACUCAAUGCUGCCUAUGCUACUUCAGGGCCCAUGUACCUGAGUGACCACGAGGGCGUGGGCUCCACUGCCACCUACCCAAAAGGCACCAUGACUCUGGGUCGCGCCACCAGCCGGGCCAUGUACGGGGGCCGCGUCACAGCAAUGGGCAGCAGCCCCAAUAUUGCUUCAGUGGGGCUGCCUCAUGCUGACCUUCUGUCUUACAGUGACCUGGGCUCCCUCUCCAUGCUGCACGCCCACCACCACCAGGGGGUGCCCUCGGCUCUGCUCAGGCAGGCCGUGCGGGGCAGUGGUGGCGAGCUGCUGGAGAUGCAGGCCCAGCUCAGGGAGAUGCAGAGGGAGAAUGAGAUGCUGCGGAGAGAGCUUGACCUGAAGGAGAGUAAGUUGGGAUCUUCCACCAACAGCAUCAAGACCUUCUGGAGCCCAGAGCUGAAGAAGGAGAGGAUCAUGAGGAAAGAGGAGGCGGCUCGCACAUCCAUCCUAAAGGAGCAGAUGAGAGUCUCUCAUGAGGAGAAUCAGCUGCUGGAUGCCAGGAGAACCAAGCAUCUCCAAAUGACCAUCCAGGCUCUGCAGGACGAACUGCACACACAGAGAGACCUCAACCACCUGCUUCAGCAGGAGAGUGGGAACCGAUCUGGCUCAGAACAUUUCACCACCAUUGAGCUGACAGAGGAGAACUUCCGCCGACUUCAAGCCGAGCACGACAGGCAGGCCAAGGAGCUCUUCCUGCUCAGAAAAACCCUGGAAGAGAUGGAGCUAAGAAUAGAGACCCAAAAACAAACGCUCGGUGCCAGGGAUGAGUCCAUUAAGAAGCUGCUAGAGAUGCUGCAAAGCAAGGGACUGCCUCCGGGGCCAGGCAGGGCCUCCGAGGAGGAAGAGCAAGAGAGAGCCAGGCGCAUUGCAGAAGCUGAAGCCCAGCUUGGACAUCUGGAAGUAAUUCUGGAUCAGAAGGAGAAGGAAAAUAUCCAUUUGCGAGAGGAACUGCACAGAAGAAAUCAGCUUCACCAGGACCCAAGCAAAACCAAGGCCUUGCAAACCAUCAUAGAGAUGAAAGAUACCAAAAUCGCCUCUCUGGAACGUAAUAUUCGAGAUCUGGAGGAUGAGAUCCAGAUGCUGAAGGCGAACAGCUUACUAAACACAGAGGACCGAGAGGAGGAGAUAAAACAGAUGGAGGUCUACAAGAACCACUCCAAGUUUAUGAAGACCAAGAUUGACCAACUGAAGCAGGAACUAUCAAAGAAAGAGUCAGAGCUGCUUGCUCUGCAAACAAAGCUAGAGACCCUCAACAACCAGAACUCGGACUGCAAACAGCAUAUUGAGGUGCUCAAAGAGUCUCUCACUGCCAAAGAGCAACGUGCUGCCAUUCUGCAAACAGAGGUGGAUGCUCUACGUCUGCGUCUGGAGGAAAAGGAGUCCUUCCUGAACAAGAAAACGAAGCAGCUGCAGGACCUGACAGAGGAGAAGGGAACUCUCACUGGAGAGAUCAGGGACAUGAAGGACAUGCUCGAGGUUAAGGAAAGGAAAAUAAAUGUCCUGCAGAAAAAGAUUGAGAACCUGCAGGAGCAGCUAAGGGACAAAGACAAACAGCUGGGAAACCUCAAGGACAGGAUCAAGUCUCUGCAGACUGACUCCAGUAACACAGACACUGCCCUGGCCACCCUGGAGGAGGCACUUUCAGAGAAGGAGAGAAUUAUUGAGCGAUUAAAGGACCAAAGGGAGAGAGAAGACAGAGAACGUCUGGAAGAAGUGGAGUCCUAUAAGAAGGAGAACAAAGACCUGAAGGAGAAGGUUAACAGCCUGCAGAUAGAGUUAACAGAGAAAGAGUCCAGUCUCAUUGAUCUCAAAGAACAUGCAUCAUCCCUGGCAUCCUCUGGCCUCAAGAAGGAUUCGAAGCUCAAGUCCCUGGAAAUCGCCAUUGAGCAGAAAAAAGAGGAGUGUAGUAAGUUGGAGACGCAGUUGCAAAAGCAAGCUGAGCAGCUAUUCAGUCACAUGAACAAUCCUAAAGCUCAUGAGGUGGAGCAGCAACACUCGGGUUCCAGAGGAAACCCUGAGUAUGUGGACCGAGUAAAGCUGCUUGAAAAGGAAGUGAGCUACUACAAAGACGAAGCAAGCAAGGCUCAGUCUGAGGUGGAGAGGCUCCUGGACAUCCUGCGAGAGGUGGAGACUGAGAAGAACGACAAGGACAAAAAAAUCGCUGAGCUGGAAAGGCAAGGAGGUAAAGAUCAGACCAAGAAGGGUUCCAACAUCAAACUGGGACUACAAGGGGACAAAAAAGGCUUAGGACAAGAUCCUCGUAAGGAAGGCUCCUUAGAAAGUGGUCACCACCUAAAGCUGGAAGAGCUUAUGAGCACGCUGGAAAGGACGAGGCAGGAGCUGGAUGCCACCAAGCAGCGUCUCUCCUCCACACAACAGUCUUUGCAGGAGAGGGACACCCACCUCACUAACAUGAGACAAGAGCGCAGAAAGCAGCUGGAGGAGAUCCUUGAAAUGAAACAGCAAGCUCUGCUGGCAGCCAUCAGUGAGAAAGAUGCUAAUAUUGCAUUGCUGGAACUGUCUGCCUCCAAUAAAAAGAAGACCCAGGAGGAGGUGCUGGCCCUGAAAAGAGAGCGGGAUAAACUAAUGCACCAACUCAAACAACACACACAAAGCAGAAUGAAGCUGAUUGCUGACAACUAUGAGGAUGAGCAGUUUCAUCCACAUGCCCCUCACCACCAGCAGCAGCCUCCCCAUGCCCAUCCUCAGCCACAGUCCCAGUACCCCCACCCUCCCCAUGCUCAGCAAUCUCCUUAUCCACACGCUCCCCACCCCCAACACCAACAGCACUUGCAGCACUCACAAGCCCCACCACAGCACCCGCAUCCACAGCAACCACAGCACCAGUACCCUCAGCACCCACAACACGCACAGCACCCUCAGCAUCCUCAACCACUUCCUCAACACCAACAGCAUCCACGCCCCCCACAGCCACAGCCACAGCACCCCCACCAACAGCAACCCCAGCAUGUGCCGCAGCACCCACAUGGACAUCCUGCACCACAGCACCCUCACACCCAGCACCCACAUGGCCCUCCCCCACAGGGACCACACCCCCAGCAUCCUCACCCUCAGCAUCCUCAGCACCCUCAGCAUCCCCAACAUCCACACCACGCCCAGCAUCCUCGUCACCCAUCACCCCACCAUCGUGGAGGGCCAGCCAGAGGACCCCCACAUGCCGGUCACCGUCCCUCUCCAGACCAGGAUGACGAGGAGGGAAUUUGGGCUUAGCUGAAACAACCAAAGCUCUAAUGGUGUUUUAAGGGGAGAUUCAGUCACUACCGGAGGAGCAUGGCCAUCCUAAGAUGUUGAAACACCACCCAAACAAACAUUUAUCAACUUCAGUGAAACUGUACUUCUGGGCAGUGGGGCCUUUUUUUUUUUUUUAUUCCUUUCUUUCUUUUGUUUUCUUUUGUUUUUCUUUCUGAGGAACAGGACGAGGUACUCAGGUCCUGCACACAGACUGGCAGCUGAGCAGGUAAUUAAAAUGAAAUACUCCUGGUGUGUCACCUAGAUUAUGAGAAACCUUUUUAUAGGCCAUCAACUGGGACUAAACCAGCUGAUAAUCAUGUGCACUGAUAGGGUACACUAUUGCUUUCUUGAAACGGACAUAUUUCAGCUAUUUCUUGGCUUUCUAAGCCAUUUGCACCUCUUUUGUUUCAUGUUGUUUUCAGUGUCGUUCCUCUUUAAACCUCAUAACUUAAUUGAUUGUCUAAGGUUUUUUUAUUGUUCUUGUAUCAUGUGAAGUACUUUUGUUGUUACCACCACAUUGUGUGGUAAAAACAUGGACAUGUUCAGUACGUAUUUCUUAUUUUCCAACGAUACUUUGUUCUUAUGUUCCUCACAAGGUGAGGUGAGGCCUUCGCUUUGCGUGAACAGGAAGACCUUCGUCCACAGUGUUCACAAAUGAUCUAAACUGAUGUGCUGAUGAAGACACAGAACACAAAUUGCUGCUGUAACAAACAUGGCUACCAUGGCAACCCUGCUGCAGAGGUGUCAAAGAAGUCACCUCACCUGUCUGUCACCUGCUGAAUGACCCCUCUUCAUCCUCACAACAGAAAAUUCAUGAUUCUUCCAGUAAAGUUUUUGGUUUUUUUCAACACCUUUGACUGUUUUGAAAUGGUUGUUAUUUUGCUGACUGGUUGACCUCAAGCUCUGACUGGCUCCAUGGCCUGGCUCUCAUCCUCACUGCCCUCCUGACCCCUAAUGAUAUCUGACCCCUCCACUCAGUGUCUUCUGCUAUCUUUUCAUCUAGACAAGUUUUAUUUAUCUUCGAGUACUGGUCAUAGGCAUUUCUUCCUAUGAUGAUGUCUAUGUUGACUAGUAUGUCAGCAACACAUUUAAGUCACUUUAGGUUUUCUGUUGCCAUUUUUUUGUUGGCACAAAGAAGCACUUUUUGUUGACAUAUGCAGCGCCUUGAGUAACUUUCCUGCAGUGUAUCCUUUGCUGCACAAUAUUCUCAUUUUGGGGUCUAGUUUUUGCCUCAAGUUAGUGGCUCUAUCAACAUUUUUUUCUUCACAUUACCUCAUUUCAGUCAGAAAUAGUAAAAAAAAAUAAGUCUAUGCAGAUAUCAACAUAGAGAUAAUGCAUUUUUAUUUUUCAAUGUAUAUUUAAAUCAAUUCAAAUUGUAUUUGAACAAUCACAGCUGCCAAGAGAGUGGUCAGAAGAUAUUCAUUGGAUUCUUUUGAUUUUCUGUGUCUAUGCACCUCCUCUGUGUUAGCAGGAACUUUCACUAAUGGUGCUUCUGCUGGUGCUCAAACUAAAUGGUGUCAGAAGAUCUAAUCAGAGCAUCUUUUUGUCCUUUUACAGUAGAGGGACUUGGUCCCACAACGGGCUUCAAAAGCAACAGUACAAGACUGCUUUGUGGGGGGCUUUGUGAACAAUGAUCAAACAUCUUCUUAAGAAACUUGGCUACUACUGGCCUCAGAAGAGACUGUGAAGCAAAAUAGACAUUUUCUCUGCAGAUUUAAGUGGUUCAGUAACAACCCAGUCUCUCUAUGAGCCCUCUCCCCUCUCCUUCAUAUUCUUCCAGCAGUAGCCUGUGUGACCUCCCCACAGAUAGUGACUUGUUUUCUCCUUCUUAACAAGGUGGCCUGUGCCUCAUAAAAUCUGUACACAUAAGAUAGAUAUGCAUAUAUUAUACAUAUAGAGAGAAAUCUAUAGAGUGUGUCUAUAUGUGGUCAUAAAAAUGUUUCAAACUGAUAAGAUAUACUAUAUGUUUUUUCUUUAAUGGUUAUUUUUCUAACUGGCUGGAGGUCAGAGUGCUGAUUGGUGAGCUUUUCCUCAGAUUUGUAUGCUGUGACGAAACCCUUCAGCAGUAAUUUAACAUUCCCUGUCUGAAAAUGCAGACCAGCCCAGAAAGAAAUAAAAACAUAUAUAUUAUUAAAUAAGCUUCAGAGAAGCAGUUUAUGGCAAAGUAUAUCAAAAUUUAUCUAGCAGUCUAGAAAAUAUGUCAACAUUACAUUCCUUUAAAGGGAUAAUUGGGAGUUUUUGAAGAGGGGUUCUGUGGAAUUGAUAUCAGCAGUGGAACAAUUUGCUGCAAAAUAAAGCUGAAUGAACAAUUUCAGUUUAGGCCGAAAACUGGAGAGUCAAGAUGACAACUGGUCAGACUCCAGAUCCACAGCACUGUUUUGCUCUCUCACAAUAACUUGGAUCUCAAAACCUUUUCAGCAGUAUAUGUAAACACUAUCUUCUGAAUCUUUGCGCUGUCGUUGAUUUUAUAUUAAACAAUAUUUUACACGGAAGUCUGUGGUUGUUUAUGCAGCAGGGCGGAUUGUCAUAAGGUUAAUUAAUGAUUGAAUUUCAUUUGAAAUACAAUAUGUUAUAUUCAAAUGGACAAAACUAUUUGUAAAAUAAAUGUAGGCAAAUUUUAAGUGAGCUCAAGUAAAUGCUAUUUAAUUAAUCUUUUUACACUGUACUAGUGGAUCCCGUGUAAAUCUAAAACUAAUGUCAUACGACAUAAGCAAAACUCCCUGUGCAUGAGUCAAUAGGAAAAUGAAAUUAUAAUUUUUUUUACUUUUCACAACCUCACUAAUAAAUAGUUUUCACAUGAUGUCAGAGCUGGAAAACAGCCACCUGAAGGGCAAAACAUCACAGGGCUCCUUUGCCCUCCACUCAUCCUUUGGACAUGUCCCAGUCUAAUGGUGAACUGGCGGUGGUUUAAAUAUUCAGAAAACAGUGCUUGCAAGAACCACUAGUACAUUUAUUUAUUUUUUUUAAGAUGGUACUGACCCUACUCUUACUAGAAGAUAAACUAUUACUUCUUUUUUUAAUUUUCUGUCAGUUACUUUUCACAAAGGGCCAGGUUGGUUUGGACAGUUUUUGCCUUAAUACAGUAAUUGAAAUCAUCCUUUGAAAACUGCAUUUUGUAUAACUGAAGUUUUUCUUAUAUGAUAGUAUAAUUUGUUAAUGAUCUGAAAAAUUUAUGUGUGACAAAAAAGCAAAAACAGAAGUAAUUUGUAAAAGGAAAUAAGCACUGUGUUAUCUGACUGCUGAUAACAAAUGCCCAGAAUUCUAUUUAAAUAAUCCCUAACAAUCUCUUUAACAUUAAAUCCACUCAGUUGAAGACCACUUAGCCUGUGGUAACAACUUUAAACAAAGAAAAGUAUUUUUUAUUUUGUAGCUCUAACAGGUAGCAGUGAGAUUACAUCUGCUGCACUUCAACAGGCAGAAGCCUGCACUUGUAAAUGAGGACUAUCAUAAUAUCCUCCAAGGAGAGGUUUCAGUGACUCUGUCUGGAUGCAUUUCUCCUAUGUGUAUUUGUCGUCGUCAUGUGAACUGAAGUGGUGAUGUGUGUGUGACCGUGACAGCUGGUUUAGGUACAAAACCCAUCAAGUUGUUACAGUAUUAUGAGAAAAUGAAGCCGACUGUUACUAAUGCCCUCCUCCUUUCUCGACCCUCCUGGUGUCUGUGCGUCAAGUGUUGGUUGUUGUAAACAAACAUCUCUCCAUCUCGCCUGAAUCUUCUCAAACCAAGGUAAUCCACUCUUUCAUUUUUUACACGUAUGAUUCCCACAGAAGCAGCUCCGAUCACCGAACAAGAACCAACUGGUUAUAGAAAACGUUGUUUCAGUUUACAAGUGUUGUUAUAAAGGCCUUUUUUAUUGUUAGGAAAGACAGCGCAAACAGACAGAGGAGCAUAAAUCCUCUCACUUCACCAUCAGGGGGUGGAGUUCUAAUUCUCCAUUUUCAGGUCCUUAUCUACUGAAUACUUGAAGUAGGGAGUUUUCCUACCAUGAUAUAGCGUACAUUAUUUACACAGCAAACAACACGGAACAUUUUAAUUGUGCCCAUGCAUGCUGAUUUUUACAUUAUGUGCCAACUGAAAAUGAUGGUGUAUGUUUGAUCUACUGUACUCUAUGCAGUGAUUUCUCUAUUGUGUCAAAAGAAAAUAUUUAAAGAAAUGAUCAUUAAAAGCUGAGGAGACGCUGAACUUGAAGGUCGGGGUAUUGUUUCCUUUGCUCAAACUGACGAUAAAUAGGCAACUCUUUAUCUGUGCCUAGAAGCAGCUGUGUAGAUUCACCAGUCAUUUUUAAAAGGCCUUCAAAAGAACAACAACAAGCCAAACAAACAUGUUCGCUUUCUUUGCUGUAGACAGGUGUUUCUUUCUUUUGUUCUUUUGCUGCUGAAAUGUUUUGAUUGAACAAAUCACUGUGACCAAUGCCAGAAAUAUUUUUAUUUAACAACGCAAAUGUCGAGUUUUUACUUUUUUAAUCAUUCAGUUUUGUAUUUAAGUUUAGCUUUAUUUUUCCUAUAAUUUACGCUUAUGUAAGUAUGCCAGUUUGAGACAGUACUAUUUGUAUAGGUAAAUGUUUUGAGCUGUACAGUAACAGACCUAGGAACAAAAUUCAAUGUGUGUCCAGCAUGCUGAAUGAUCAACUGUGUGAACGGGAGCUGAUGCAGAAUCAGUCCUCAUCCAUUACUUGCAUCCGCAUUGUGCAUUGUGACGGUGUGACAUUGUGUUGGAGAGUGAUGUGUGUCUCACUUACUGUGUCCCCUUAGUAGACAGCCUGUGCAGUUUUGUGAGAGUGCAGCAUGUUUUUUUUUUUUCAGGUGUGUUGCUGGUGUAAAUGUCUGCAGAAAAAGAGACUAAUGUGUGUAUGGGUGUGUGUGUGUGCAGAUAACAGGGUGUGUGUAUGUUUAUUAAUGCAAAAAGGACUCAUUUAUUUAAAGAAAAGAGAACUUUAUCAGCCAGUGGUUACAGAAAAUUAAUGGGCAAGUUUCGAAUGACGCAUGGAUACUAUGUAAUGUUUGUUUGCUUUUUUUAACAAUAGGAGGCUGUCCUUAGUGCCCCAGUUUACUAUUGUCUGUGCUGUAUCAAAAUAAUACUAUUGAGUGUUGGCCAGCUUGUUUAUAUCCAUCAAAUAAAGGUGACUUUCUUUC